CGCUCCUGCGUCAACGAGGAGUACGCCUGUCCGUGCAUCACACUACCUUUGCACCCCCGAUGCGUCAAAGGAAGCGCGGGUCGCCACCCGCAGCUGUAGCAGCUUGCACCGCCACCACGCCAUCAGCGACCGUCGAGCAGCUCGCGGUGACACCAACACUGGCCAGCUCGCCGCUCGCCGAGUCGUAGUUGCAGAGUAGCUGCCACGAACGGUCCAACAGUUGCAACAACGGUCACACCUGGGCCAAGAGCACCGGGAAAAACAAGAGGGCCCAGCCGCUCCGUAGGACCGCCAGAGGAUGCGCUCCGGCCGUCGUGGCCGUAUUAGGCCCACCGCCGGGCUGGGCCCUGCACUACUACGGCACGUGUCAUUGGGAUGUCCCGCGGGGCCGAGGUUGUAGCGGUCCCGGGCCGUGGUGCGGUAGCUCGGUUAUGGACACGAGGGCACCGCCGAUCGUCCCGAGAACCCAAGAACGGUGCUGUCAACAUCAGCACCAUCAGCAGCAACAGGCAAAACUCAAACACCAACAGAAUCAGUUGGAAGAGGAGGUGUCGCUGCCGCCACUCGCCGCGACAGCCAAGCGACAGAGGGCCAAGUAUCCUGCAGCACCCGGUUGGCGCAACAACAACGGCAUAACCCAGCCACUCGGUACUCUGGGCAAGCAGGAACCGCAAAAACGCCGACCGUACAAGGUACUCGGGAUAGGUGCUACGCCACUGAUGCACGCCUGCCAGCAGGCGGACCGGGGGCGCGUGUUGAAGUUGUUGCGCGAGCAGGAGGAGACGAUCGGGUACAGGGACCGGGCGCUGCGUAGCGUCCUCCAUUACUGCAUGGACGCGGCGACGGGCGGGGCGGUGGCCCAAGCCGCGCCGGAACUCGUCAAUUCGCCAGACGCCGAGGGCCACACGCCCCUCCAUCUGGCCGUCAUUGCCGGUGAUCAUCAGCUCGUCGCUGUACUAUUGGCCAAUGGAGCCGACGUCAAUGCCAAGGACCACGAGGGACACAGCGUCCUGCACUGGGCUACCGUGUGCGGUGAGGUAGAGUGCGCGCGUCUGGUGCUGGCAGCCGGGGCGCGAGCCUCGAGCCCGGAUCUCCGGGGCGGUUCUCCCCUGCACUACGCGGCUCAAUGCUGCGGCUCUGCGGCCACGGCCGAGCUCGCGGUCCCGAGGAAAGUCGGGCUCAAGGUGUUGCAGACGCUCCUGGAGUUCGGCGCGGACGUCAACGCCAGGGACGAGGAUGGCCGGCAGCCGGUACUGUGGGCCGCCAGCGCCGGAAGCGUCGAGGCUGUGCUGGCCCUCGUCAGGGCAGGGGGCUCUUUGGUGGCCGGUGCCUCGGACAAGGACGGCCUGACGGGCCUGCACUGCGCGGCGUCGCGGGGCCACGCGCGCUGCAUCGAGGCCCUCGUGACGCUGUGCGACGCCGAGCCGGACCAGGUAGACGACAACGGCUGCUCGGCCCUCCACUACGCGGCGACCCUCGGCCACGCCGACGCCACCUCGCUGCUGCUGAAACUCGGGGCCGAUCCCAACCGGCAGGACCGCAAGGGUCGGACGCCGGCCCUGUGCGCGGCGGCCAAGGGCCAACUGGAGACGCUGAAGAUCCUCGCCCAGCACGGGGGCUCGUUGCACGCGCGCACCAUCCGGGGCACCGGGGUGGCCCACGAGGCCGUUGCCUCGGGCAGACUCGAGCUCAUCAAGUGGCUGGCGAAGCGUCGGCCCGGCCUCCUGGACGUGGCCACGCCCGAUGGGAAAACGCCCCUUCACGUGGCCGCCCUUCACGGACACCUCGACGCGUGCAAGCUACUACUGGACACCGGGGCGAGGAUCAACGCGACCUUAAGAACGAGCAAGGGCGGGGCCAUGACGGCCCUCGACGCUGCCCUGUACAGGGGACACAGGGACUGCGCCAAGCUCAUCCAGCUCCACGGCGGCGUCACCGCCCAGCACGCCAACGCCACCGGGGCGACCAGAGUGUUUUCAACGAGGCUGCGCGGGGAGCGGGUGGACACGACGAGCUCGGACUCGGAGCUCAGCGACAGCAGCCCGCGGCGCCGACGCCAUCGCCAGAGGGACCACCACCACCACCACCACCGCCACCGUAACCCCGAUGAUCCCGAGCUGUAUUGUUACGAGGAGCGGUGGACCGAGCGAAGGACGCGCCGGCGGGCCAACCGGCGCAGGGUGUCGUCGCGCCGGGACAGCCGUAGCUUCAGCGAGGAGGAGCUCACGCGCCACUCCAAGGCGUCCUCGGCCACGGGUAAGAAGAGCGAGCGCCAGAGACGCGCCCUCAGCGAGACGGCGAGGCGCGAUGGUGGCCACGCGGGGAACGAGGAAGAGGCAACAGGUAGGUCGUGCCGUGGGCGACAACGGCCGCACGAGACUAAGAGGGGUCGUUGUUCCAACAAGGCAGCGGAAGGAAAGGAGUCGAGGGAGGAGGAGGGGAGUAGCGGUUCGUCAGUGAGCGACGAUAGCCUCGAGGUGGUGGUGGUGGAGCGCUCCCUCGAGAGAACGUCCGAGAAGAUAGUGACGGGGGCCAGCAGGAAGCCCAAGGGCCCCACGGCCAAGAAGGACGCCACGCCAGCGGGAAAAACGGAGGAGGGUGGGGGAGGAGCCGUGACGAGCCGAUCGGGGAGAAAGUCGUCGGGGCAGGUGUUUGACGGGGACAGCACGAGCCAGGAGACGGUGGAGCAGUUGACGGUGACGGCGGACGUGCACAAGAACGAGGCGCCCGACAGCUCGAGGAGCAAGGGCUCGGCUGGCGACAGGGAGGCCGAGCCCGGGACCGACGAGCAGCUACACAUGAGGAGCAAGAUGGACGGCAUACUGGAGAAGGCGGACGAGCUGCAGAGCUUCCUGCUCUCCAGGGCCGCGGAUCUCAAGAAGGACGUCGAGGAGAUGCGCCAGCAGUUGUCCCAAAAGUCGGAGGAGCCGAGCGCCACGGAGUCCGGGGAGUCGAGCGCGAGGAGCGACGAACCGGCGGUGGCAGAGAAAACACCCGACGAGCAGGUGGUGAUUGACGGUCCGAAGAAGAACGAGUCGAAAACUGAGGACCCUGGGAGCCCGGAAAAGACGCCGGAGCGUGCCAGAGUCGAGGGGGACGAGGAUCGAGACUCGGGCAACAAGAGUCCUGUCGAGGAGACGAGAAAGGAAACCGAGUCAACGGAGAAAAAGCAGGACGUUGAGGCUGGGGAGAGGGACGAGUCGGUGACGCCUCAAAAGGACGAUAGUGGAGGAUCUAAGGCACAUAAGGACGUGCCAGAAGAUCCAGGCGAAGGAGGACAUCAGGGGCAACAAAAAUAAAAAAUAAAAAAUAAAAAAAACACGCACGCAAAUAUUGUACGAGCAAAGACGGAAGGGAUAGCUCUGCAGCGACUGUCCUCCCUUGUAGGUACGGAUGGUCCUCGCUUCGAGGACGACAGCUCGUCGAGCUCGCCGAGGGCCAACGCGUCGCGUCACCACCAUCAGCCACAGCGCGGCUCGAGACCGUCGACGGCACAACGCCGUGGUAGCGCGGGCAACAACAAGCCAUCCCUGCUCGAGAGCUCGGAGGAUCGCUCGCCCGAUCGAAGUGCCAUCGUAGCGGUGAUCGAGAGUCCCGAAUGGGACGAGGACGAGGAGCUCGACAAGGAGAUCAGAAAGGCCGUCGGGGGUAUCGGGGAGCACGACGAGGAGGAGGAGGAGGAGGAUGGUAGCGACGGCCUGGCAGGGGAGGAAGACGACGUGGGGAUCGUCAGGGUGCUGCCCAGCACCAGCGAGCAGGAGACGGGCACGAGGACUUCCACCGUUGAUUCGCUUCCACAGUUGCAAACAAAGUCGCACUCGCGUUUGGUGCGGCUGACGAGUCCGGUGGACCCAGUGGGCCGAAUGCGCCGGGACAGCGGUGGCCGUGACAGUGGUAUCGAGCCGAGUCCCCGGGUAUCGCGGAUCCCAAGGCGGACCGUCAAGUGUUGCCCCAACAGCGAGCGCCAGCGGGCCCUGCACAUGGAAACGGUGACGCGCGACGUGCAGAUCAGCCUGAGGCGUUACCACCUCGAGCGCAAGAUAUUCUUCCAGCUGAUGGAGCUCAAGAGGCUGCAGAUCAGGCAGGGCCGAGCCAACGAGCAAGUCCUCGUCAAGAGAUUGGUUGAAGCAUUCAACAAAUCGGGCAUGAGCGGACCCGUCAUUGGCAUCGCGAAGUACGACAGACCUUACACUUUCAGGCAUUUUGAGAUAUUUUUGUACGAGCAGCUGCGCAAACUGCAAAGGCGGCCGUCGACCCCGGACUGGUGCACCGAGGCCAAACAUUGCACGCAAAAGACACACCGCUGUCAUCACGCAACAAGUGCCUACACCUCGGUUCCAAUCUACACGUAUCUAGGUGGAGGUGUCCAAGAAAGACCGAGUCUUUUUCCGAAGAUCGAGGGACGCGGCAAGGGACAGAUGACGGUGGAAGUGACGCACGGCAAUGAGAAGCAAGUGAUAGCACUUCCCUCCGAAAGGAUAGACCACACGAAGAGAUAUUUCGUCACGUUUACGGUGCGCGGCGAGACGACGGACACCGACAAACCGAGGACCCCAACGACCGGCUCGACGACGAUUCAGCGCCACACCAAGAGCGUCUGAACAACCUUGUAGCCUGUAUCUCGUCCGUCUCCUUCAUUUGUACCACGUACGCUCCAUUAAAAUUAUUGUUCUUCGCUUCGAACGCGUCUAUCUAACUUGUGGAUGUUCAAAAAAAAAAAAAAACUGCCAACGCCAUUGUCGCAACUCAAAAUGAGAAAGAGAAGAAAAAACUUGUUAUAUUUAUGUAAUUACACACGCUUCGAAGCACUUGCGUAUGAUAUUACAUGCGACUGUCAUUGUGCUCUAUUUUUAACAAAAUAAAACAAAAUAAACAGUCCAAGUAACGAAUAAAAGUGUAGCACAAAUUUGAACAUUGUUACUUAUAUAUAUAUAUGUAUCGCUGCUGCCGAGCGUGGAGAAAUUAUAAUUUUUGCAGGGGGAAAAAAAAAAAAAAAAAAAAAAAAAAACACGUUCGACCGACAUGUAUUGUUGUGUAAUCUGUAAGAGCAGCGCCAGAAAUGCUGUUCGUAUACGCGUACGGGUAUACUUACCAUUAUAUGAUAUGUAUAUUGAUAUUUGUCGUCGACCGAUCGAAAGUCGACAUUAUAUAAUAUAUGUACAACACGAUUCCGUCCUCCACUGCUUUUUGUAUAUGUGUACUGGAGAACCAAGCGUCAAACAAAAGCAACAGACCCAUAAUGCUGAUGCGAUUAUCAUAUUGUAUGCGAAAAA